UUCCCUGAAGCUGCAGGCCACUAGUAGCCCAUGUGGCAGCAGCAGGCAUUGGCUGAUGUGAGCCACAGCCCUGCCUGGGGUGGGAAGGGAAGCUGGGCACCCCCAGCAGCAUUGCCCUGGGGUACCUGCCUCCUGCCCRGAGCUGUGCUGUCCUGCAGGAGGACAGAAGGAAAAUGGUGUGUGCCUCCUGGGCUGUGCUGCCUCAGGUAGGUGGAUGUUCUGUAGCUUCCUGCUUCAUGGCUGGAGCUGGAGGGAUGCCUGGGACCUCCUUCCUGGGUGACACAGAGGGCUGUGCUCAGGCCUCUUCCCAUGGGCAGGAGGUGUCUGAUGUGGAGAGGAGCUCCAGCUGYAGUGGGGCCAGUGUGGAGAAAGCUGGGAAGCACUUGGGGUGUUUCCUGGGAUCUAAAGUCACACGGGGAGCCGAGAUGGUGGCUGCRUGCCAGGAAUGGGUGGCAGAGGGCCCAGGCUGUCUCCCCUGCCCUGAGGGCUGGCACAUAGCCAGGGUCAAGUGCUCAUCCAGCAGCACAGUGCUGCAGAGGUGCCUGGGCUCCUCAGCCUGCUGGAAGUGGCCAAUGCAAGCACAGCAGAGUGGUCUGGAGUGGCGUGAAAGCAKUGAAAACCCCGUGGCAAGAGAAAGAAGGCACCACAAUUGCGACAAGAGCUUGUUCUUCACACGCUGGCAGCCCCUCAMCGUGAUGGGUGAUGAGCAUCAAUGGCCUGGAGGGAAACAGGGUGUGCUGGCACAGCACAUGUGGCUGAGGGACAGCAGCCCCAGGCUGGGCUCAUUCUUUGUGUGCUCCUUGGCACCUGCAGGUUCCCACAAGGGCUGAACAUCUACCCUGKGUUGUCCAGCAGCUCUGAUUGCCCUCAGUCAGGUGCCUCAGCCACAGACUCUCUCUCAAGCUGUGAAAUAAAUGGUGGAGUUUUUUUGCCGUGCACUGAAGCACCAAGCUUACUCUCCUUGCAGGAUGCAGGUGCUAGGAAACAUCCCCUGAGCACCCAGAGUCCCUGGGCUGGGCCGUGUGGUGCUGAGCACGGAGGCUCCCCAGUUCUCCCAGUUGUGUCUGUGAGUGGCUGUCACUGGAGAGAAUCACAAUCUCUGGGGCAUCGAGUGGAGACAACAGGGCCCAGAAAAGCUCAGCACCCCAUGCCAGCUGCCUCCAGGAGAGCAAAUCUUUGGUGGGGAGAAUUCUUUUCUGGGAAGAAAAGAAGGGGCUCAUCAGGGAAAGGGGUCACUGACACCCCACUGCUCUUCAAGGGUUCUCUUAGUUCAGGAGUGCUGUGGCCCUGACCUGCCUCUGCCAGGACCCUGCUGCAGGSAUGGCCAUGUGACACUGCUCACCACCUUGGUCCAGGUGUCUCCAGUGCAUUUCUUGGCUUAUCAGCUCCUUCUCCCAGCACCCAGCUCAAUCAGUGAUGCUGGAGAGCAGCUCCCAGGCAGGCAGACUAGACACAGGAUGUUGUGCUGGGCUGGCAGGAGCUGGGCAGAUGUGUGCCCCGCGGGGGGAUCCCUGCUGCCUCUGUCACUGCCCCCUCCUGAGCGGCAGGUUUGCUUUAAAGACCCUGGCUUCCUUUUAUUACUUCCCCUCUCAAAUUGCAGCUGGCUGCGAGGGCUAUUUUUAGCAGCCUGCCUUCUAAAAAUAGCCCUGAGCUGUUUGGAGUUGCGUCACAAGAGGUAACUCUCUCCCUGAGUGGCUUGGCCUCUGCACCCCAGGAGGGUACAAAAGGAGGCCAAGAGCAGCAGGGUCAGCAGGUUCAGCCACAGCCAGAGGCGACGGAGACAGCGGUUCCCCGCCAGCUCCAGGCCAUCCCAGCCCCGGCAGCAUGACCAUCUUCUGCAGCCACUGCCACCGGCCCCUGCAGGCAGACACCAGCUGCCUGCCCACCAGGGCCAAGCAGGCACCCAGUGCCUCGAGGCCGUUCAGGUCAACCAAGAGUGCCUCCAAGGCUCGCCGAGACCAGAUCAACGCGGAGCUGCAGGCGCUGCGCUCCCUGCUGCCCAUCUCCGCGCAGGAGAAGGAGCGGCUCUCCUACCUGCACACCAUGGCCCUGGUGUGCCUCCGCCUGCGGGGGGCUCAGCUCUUCCCUCCAGGCUUGGCUCCUCCUGCGGGACCGGCCCUGGGCACAGAACUACUGUCCCUGCUCCCGGGGUUUCUGCUCGUGCUCUCAGCCGACGGCAAGCUGAUCUACAUCUCAGAGAACGUGACUCAGGUCCUGGGGCUCUCUGUGGUGGAGCUGCUGGCACAGGGGGACACGGUCUUUGACAUCCUGGAUGGGCAAGKGGGUGAGGAUGUGCACAAGAAGCUUCUCCUUGCCCAGGAGGAGCCUGGCAGGGAAGUCACUUUUGUCAGCGAGAUGCGCACGUCCAAGGCCUUCCGGCUGCAGCACGGGGGCAAUCGGGUGGUGGCAGUGUGCGGGCGCUUCGUGGCCCUGCGCUGGCCACCGUCCCCCUCCUCCACAGCCUUCCUGGCCCUCUGCACGCCUGUCGCACAGUCACCCGCAGACGGCGAAGCUGCUUCCCAGGAUGACAUAUUCCAGAGCAUGCACCUCCUGGACAUGACGUUUAUCGAUGUCACGGAGAGUGUCGCCUACCACCUCGGCUACCACMGGGAGGAGCUGGUCGGUCAGUCGUGGUACAGCCUCCUGCACCCUGAGGAUGCUGAGCUGGCAGCUGCCCAGCACAGGGCCGUGGCGCUGGGSGCCGGGGCCGGGCCCGCAGCGGGGACCGCUGUACUUCGAGUGCUUCGCAAGGACCGUGCCUGGAGCUGGCUGCGCGUCUGGGCGCGGCGGGACGGCGGCUGCAUCACCUGUACCUGCCGCUGCCUCAGGGAGGAGGAGGCGGCCCACCUGCGCUCCCGGCAGCCCCUUGCCGCCGCCCCGCCCGCGGACCGGGAUCUCGGCCGGCUGGCAGCGCAGCUCCGCGCCCUCGCCGACAGCCUCUCGCCACCCGCCGCCGCCCCGCCCGCGCUCCGCCGCUGGCCCCGKCCCGAGGAAGCCGAGGACGAUGCCUUUGUGUGCCUUGGGAACUCUCUGCUGGACUCUCCCCAGUUCCUCCGGUUUCCUUUUGAACAGAAAAUAGGAUGCAACAUUCCAAAUGUGCUCCCACAGGUGUCAAGUCCACAGGGAUGCUGACAUCCCUUGGUCUGCUGGCCGUGYCUUUCCUAACGCGGGCACUGUGUGUAACCACAUCUCCUUUCAGCCUGCUGGUCACUUCUAACAGCAGCAGCUGACCCAAUGGGGGCAAUGGCAAACCCUCAUUUCAUACACUUAGUGCUCGUAUUAGAAACUUUGUCUAAGCUGUGAUAAACCCAGCAUCAGGACGACUCAGCGUAGCCGUGCAGAGGGAUCCAGAUCUUGCACUUAAAACACUCAUUGACUACUUAGGUGUAUAUCGCCAGGGUCUUUGUGUACGUCACACAUCACACAUUCCUCAGAAAGGAACGAUUUAAAAAAAAAAAAAAAAAAAAAAAAAA